AUGGAGAUCAAUGGCGUGGAAGGCGAAGUCAUCGGCGUGACUUCCUUUUACCAGGUGUCACCGUCUGAAGCCAUUGACAUGGAGAAUGUAGAAGUGAAAAUCACGUCCAACCAAGGGAUCACGUCCAAGGCGACACUCAAAUCCUCCGACUACAGCGACUGCCCCAUGACGGAUGACUCCACGAGCUCAAAAGCGGGGACAAGUGGCGGCACCACCACGACCGUGAUCACCGACACCACAGGAGCUACUGCGCACUACACGGCAUGGCAAGCCUACAGGCGACGAAGGGUUAAGUUCUACUAA